AUGGAAGGGGACCAGUUGCACACCUUCACCAACUACGGGCUGCAGUGGAGCCUCAAGGAGCUGGACAAGGAGGAGUUCAGCACCUUCAAGAGGCUGCUGAAGGAGAAGUACUCGGAGCUGACCUCCUGCUCGCUCCCGUGGGCCGAGGUGGACGCCGCUGGCCCGGAGGGGCUGGCCGCCCUCCUGCACGAGUACUACCUGGGGCCCCUGGCCUGGGCCGUCUGCAUCAACAUCCUGGAGGAGAUGAGCCUGCUCACGCUCGCGGCGAGAGCACGGGACGAGAUGAAAAAAUGCUCGGCAUCUAAGAUCUCAGGAAAUUCUGAGCCAAUCCAGACUGUCCACGGACCCAGUGGAGAAGCAGCACCAGAAACUGCACAAACUGUAGAGCGAGAUGGUGGGACAGCCGCAGAGCCCUGUGGACCAGGCCCUGGAGGUGCCGAGUGGGGCUACAAGGCCAACGUGAUAGCCAGAUUCACCGCAGAGUUGGCCACACACCCCCGCCUGCAGAGAGCCGACGACUGGCCGGAAAUGCAGGCGCUGGUUGACGCUUUUCACGCAGACGAGAGGGGCUUCCGGACACGCACCGUGGUCCUGCACGGCAAGUCUGGCACGGGCAAGUCGGCUCUGGCCCGAAGGCUCAUGCUGAGCUGGGCGCAGGGCACGCUCCUCCAGGACCCCUUCUCCUACGCCUUCUUCCUCCAGGCCAGGGACAUCCAAUGGAUGAGAGAGAGAAGUUUUGCGAAAAUGAUCACCAGAGAGUGGCCAGACUCCCAGGCUCCAGUGGAGGAGAUCAUGUCCCAGCCUGAGCGGCUCCUGUUUGUGGUGGACGGCUUUGACGACCUGGUCCCUGAGCUCUGUGAGGACGAUGAGCAGCUCUGUGGAGACUGGACCAAGGAGCAGCCGACCUCCAUCCUGCUGUGCAGUCUGCUGAGGAAGGUGCUGCUGCCGGAGUCCUCCCUGCUGGUCACGGUUACCGACGCGGGUGUAGAGAAGCUCAAGUCCCUGCUGCAGUGCCCCCGAUACCUGAUGGUGGGCGGAAUGUCGCUGGAAAGGAGGACUCAGCUGCUGCUUGACCACAUCACAGAUGACCCUUGCCGGACACAACUCUUGCACUCGGUGGUGGACGGUCACCGGCUCCUGGACCAGUGCCAGGUGCCCACGGUGUGCCUGCUGCUGGGCACGGCCCUGCAGCUGGGGAGGAGCGUGGCCCCCCUCUGCCGGACCCUGACGGGCCUGUACGCUGCCUUCCUGUUCCACCAGCUCAGGCCCCGAGAGCCGCUGCCUCGCUGCCUCAACCAGGGCGAGCGGCGGGCCCUGAAGGGCCUGUGCCAGAUGGCGGCCGAGGGCGUGUGGGCCAUGCGCUCCGUGUUCUACACAGACAGCCUGAGUAUGUACGGGCUGCAGGUGGCCAGGCUGUCUGCCCUGUUCCACAUGGACAUCCUCCUGCAGGAGGACCGUGGGGGGAUCAGCUACACCUUCCUGCACCCCAGCCUGCAGGAGUUCUGCGCUGCCCUCUUCUACCUCCUGGAAGGGCUGGAUCGGGGGCAGGGCCGCUACCUGCUGUUCCUCGAUAACCUGCUGCAGGACUUGGAGAGCCCGCCGCCGACGGCCCUGGGCUCCCACCUGCUCUGGAUGAAGCGGUUCCUGUUCGGGCUCAUGAGCAAGGACGUGCUGAAGGAGCUGGAGGCUCUGCUGGGCUGCCCCGUGCCCCUGGCCGUGAGGCCGCGGCUCCAGCGCUGGGUGUCCCUGCUGGCCCCGCAGGCCGCCACGGCCACCCCCCGGGACCUGCUGGACGCCUUCCACUGCCUUUUCGAGACUCAGGAUGAAAAGUUUGUCCGCUCGGCGCUGAGCGACUUUCAGGAAGUGCGGCUUCCGAUCAACCAGAGAAUGGACCUCAUGGCCGCCUCCUUCUGCCUCCAGCACUGCCAGCGUUUGCGCAAGAUUCAGUUGGACGUCAGAGACCUAUUCUCGAGGAGCGAGCUCGCCCAAGUGUGCCCUGCGGCCCCCCGAGGGCUGCUGCGGAAGGCCCUGGUGGACGAGUGGUGGGAGAGCUUCUGCACUGUCCUGGGAACCCACCCGAACCUGCGGCAGCUCGACCUGGGAAACAGCGUCCUGAACAAGUGGGCCAUGAAGACGCUCUGCGUCACGCUGAGGCGGCCGACCUGCAAGAUACGCAGUCUGAUAUUCAAGGGAGCAGAGGUCACGCCCGGCCUGCAGUACCUGUGGAUGACACUCAUCGUCAACCGGAACCUGAGACGGCUGGACCUGGGCGGCACAGCCCUGCGGGAGGAGGAGGUGAAGGUGGCCUGCCAGGCCCUGUGCCACCCCAGCUGCCAGCUGGAGGCUCUGAGGCUGGACUCCUGUGGGCUGACCCACGCCUGCUACCCGGUGAUCUCCCAGAUGCUUACUGCAGCCACCAGCCUGAAGUCCCUCAGCCUGGCAAGGAACAAGGUGACGGACGAGGGCCUGGCGCCGCUCUGUGCAGCCCUGCGGACCUCACAGUGCACCCUGGCGGAGCUGACGCUGGACACCUGUGGCCUCACGGCCGCUGGCUGCAAAGCCCUGGCCUCGGCCCUUGCCAGCAGCUGCAGCCUGACGCACCUGUGCCUGUGUAACAACCAACUGGGCAGCGACGGGGUCAGCCUGCUGUGCCGGCCCCUCCGGCUUCCCGACUGCGCCCUGCAGAGGCUGAUACUGAACCAGUGCCAUCUGGACGUGGCCAGCUGCGGCUUCCUCGCGCUGGCCCUCGUGAGCAGCCCGCGGCUGACGCACCUGAGCCUCAGUGCCAACCCCCUGGGGGACAGCGGGGUGAAGCUUCUGUGUGAGGCCCUGCAGGACCCGAGCUGCUGCCUCCAGGACCUGGAGCUGGUGAGUGGCCAGCUCACGGCGGCCUGCUGCGAGAGCCUGUCCUGUGUGAUCACCAAGAACAAGCACCUCCAGAGCUUGGAUCUCGCCGCCAACGCCCUGGGGGACGGCGGGGUGAUGGCGCUGUGCAAGGGGCUGCAGCAGCCGGGCAGCGCGCUGAGGAGACUCGGGCUGGAGGCGUGCAGACUGACCACCGGGUGUUGUGAGGCGCUGUCCGCGGCCCUGACCUGCAGGGGGCGCCUGACCAGCCUGAACCUGGUGUGCAACAACUUCAGCCCUGCGGGCAUAGCCCUGCUGUGCUCGGCCUUCGCGCAGCCCUCCUGCAGCCUGAGGACAAUCGGCCUGUGGAAGGAGCAGUACCCCCCGAAGGUACAGCAGCUGCUGCAGGAAGUGCAGCAGCUCAAGCCGCAGUUGGCCAUCGACGGGGACUGGUACGCUGUGGACCAGGACAGCCGGCGCUGGUGGAAGAGCUGAGACCAGGAGCCCCAGCCCAGCCGCCUGGGCUCUAGGACGGCUCUGUGGGAGUGCGGAGCGAGCUGGCUCCCCCCACCCGGGUGGUGGUUCUUAUCCCGCACAACUUGGUGGCUGCCUUU